UCUGUGCACGUCAACAUUCUUAAUUCCUGAACAGAUAAAGUUUGGCUUUUUACUAUUUUAUUUUGUCUUUGAAUAUUGUUAAAAAUACAUUUUCUAAAACUGCUGUUUACUUUAUAAGUCACAAUUAUUUCUUUCCAGUUUUUUUAGUAAGCUUAUGCAAACUGUAGCAAAAGUGACUGUAGCAAAUUUUUAAGUCCAUUUUUAUUUAUAGUAUGAAGGUAAAAUAAUUAUUUUUUAUAAUAUGAAUGUUAGCACCCCGUAAUCAUGACGCGGGACACACAUUGCUCUGCUUAGUGACACACACUUGCAUAAAGGACAGGAAUAUGGGCAGGAGCUAAAGAUAACCAGCUUUAGUAGACCAUCAUUAAGCUUAACCAUAAUGAAUUUCAAAUCUAAUUUCAUUUAUUUAAAUGUCUUUUAUGUGUCGACAGUGUAAAUAUGUACUUAUGAACUCUCAAAGACAUGUCAGCAUUUUCUGCUGUUAAACUAUUUACAAGAGUUCACGUCAAGAUUGUACAAACUAUAGGUGAACUCCCUUCAUUUAAAAGAAACUGCAAAAAAGGGAAAAAUAAAUCUUUAUAAUCAUCAUAUGUCAGAAGGCCUCAUAUCUACCUGAUAUAGAACAUACUGUAUAUUACUGAAUGCAAAUAUAACUGAACUUACUUUUCUUUAAAAUACAAGCAAAUUCUAAAUAAACUGUGAUGAGAAAUUUGACUGUGAACAACAAUAGAGUCUGGAUCUCUGAAGGUUAAAGUAACAUAUCUUGUACCAACAGAAAACAAAUGCCGGUAAGGGGGCCAUGUCUUUCUCAGAUUUUCCACCAGAUGUCAUUACUUAGCAUUAUUAAUCGCAUUUAUAAAUAUUUAUUUAUUGGGCAUUUACUGUAAUGUAUGUGAGUUCGUGUCAUUCUGCUUAGGAAAUCCUGGAUCUUAAGAAGGCCUGGACAACAUUAUAAACAAAAACGUACCCGAGAAAUAUGCCAAUUUCACAUAUCCAAAUUGUUUCCCAAAAUGUUAUGGGAUGUCAAAAUAUAUGAAAUAUUACAAUUUAUUUUCGAUUCUUGUAUUAAUUUUUCAUCCUUGUUAUUUUUUAGCAAAUGCAACCCAUAUGGUAUACAAUACCAUUCUAGUGUAAAGACUACUAAUAAUUAUUUUGACUCUCACAUGUCAGUUCAAUUUAGCACAUGUUGUUCCCACAUGGGUUUUUCCCACAAGGAAGGAAUGGCACACAUGAAGAUACAAAAUCUCGGGUCGAAAGGAAAAUUGAAAGUCAGUCCAAAGACACCCUCCUCCCCAGAGAUUUUUAUUUAGCUCCCAUCCCAUCGGUUUGUGCUCCACAUUACCAGCCCAGCUUCACCAUGAAAGCUUCAAAUCUCACACUGGUGCUCUUGAUCAUCUAUGGAGCCACUGUGAUGUUUUCUGAAGGAAGGAUAGGAGGAACAGGAGAGCGUUGUUUAUGCCAAGGAGCAAAGCUGCAAAAGAGAGUUAAGCCUGCACUCGUGGACAAGCUAGAGAUUUUCUUUCCAAGUGCCUCAUGUUCAUUUACUGAUAUUAUAGUCACUUUAAAAAAUGGAAGAAAAUUUUGCCUGGAUCCAAAUAAAAAGCAAGGCAGGGCGUUACUGAGGGGACAGAAGCAAAACACAGAACCCAAGAUACCAAGAGGAAAAAAGCAGAAGAAAAACAAACAGCAAAACUAAAAUGCUUAUUACUUAUUACUGCUAAUACAUAACAAUCUGUUACUCUUUUAAAUACGAUUAGCACGGAGGACAUGAGACAAUCGUACAUAUAUUAACUCUUCAAGUUUGAACAUAUGCACCUACAGUACCAUCAGUGUAAUUUUCUAUUAGAAACUACUUUCAUUUAAGGAGAGAAUAGAUAAGGUACCAAUAAAAAAAUGUCUCAAAAGUA